ACAAAAGUAAUUAUACAGUCAUACCCCCGUCAAUACAAAACAAAAGUUGAGACACACUCGUCUAUCUCUUUCUCUUGCAAGUCUUUCAGCUCCUGCGGCGUACAUCCUAGGAGUUUGUCUAAACCCUAACCCUACCUUUCUCAAAUCAAUUUUUCUCUGCAAUCUUAAUCAUGGCUGGAGCUGCACCUGAAGGUUCUCAAUUUGAUGCACGGCAAUUUGAUGCAAAAAUGACUGAGAUACUUGGUGCCGAGGGAGAAGAAUUCUUCACAUCAUAUGAUGAGGUCUAUGAUAGUUUUGAUGCUAUGGGACUGCAGGAAAACCUUUUGAGAGGCAUCUAUGCUUACGGUUUUGAGAAGCCAUCCGCAAUUCAACAGAGGGGGAUUGUUCCAUUCUGCAAGGGGCUAGAUGUUAUUCAGCAGGCACAAUCUGGUACUGGGAAAACAGCAACUUUCUGCUCUGGGGUUUUGCAGCAGCUUGAUUUUAAUGUUGUUGAAUGUCAAGCUCUGGUUCUUGCUCCGACUCGUGAACUUGCGCAACAAAUUGAGAAGGUUAUGCGAGCACUAGGUGACUAUCUUGGUGUGAAGGUUCAUGCUUGUGUGGGUGGAACUAGUGUCCGCGAAGAUCAGCGAAUUCUCUCAAGUGGAGUUCAUGUCGUGGUUGGUACUCCUGGUCGUGUAUUUGACAUGUUGCGAAGACAAUCACUUCGUUCAGAUUACAUCAAGAUGUUUGUUCUGGAUGAAGCAGAUGAAAUGCUCUCAAGAGGGUUCAAGGAUCAGAUUUAUGAUAUCUUUCAGUUGCUACCACCAAAAGUUCAGGUUGGAGUUUUUUCUGCCACUAUGCCUCCCGAGGCUCUUGAAAUCACUAGGAAAUUUAUGAAUAAGCCUGUGAGGAUUCUCGUCAAGCGAGAUGAGCUUACUCUUGAGGGUAUUAAACAGUUUUAUGUGAACGUUGACAAGGAGGAAUGGAAACUGGAGACACUGUGUGAUCUUUACGAGACUUUGGCUAUUACUCAGAGUGUGAUUUUCGUCAACACCAGGCGAAAGGUUGAUUGGCUGACUGACAAAAUGCGCAGCCGUGAUCACACAGUCUCCGCCACUCAUGGAGACAUGGAUCAGAAUACUAGAGAUAUAAUUAUGCGCGAAUUUCGCUCUGGUUCCUCUCGUGUUCUCAUUACAACUGAUCUCCUGGCACGUGGUAUAGAUGUCCAGCAAGUCUCCCUUGUGAUAAACUAUGACCUGCCGACUCAGCCAGAGAACUACCUUCAUAGGAUUGGGCGUAGUGGACGUUUUGGAAGGAAAGGUGUUGCGAUCAACUUUGUUACCAAGGAUGAUGACAGGAUGUUGGUUGACAUACAGAAGUUCUAUAAUGUAGUAGUUGAGGAGCUGCCAGCUAAUGUUGCUGAUCUUCUUUAGUUUGGAAUUGAUGUAAUGAGGUAAAUGUUUUCUAAAAGUGAUUCGCUAUCCUAUCUAGUCGGGGUUUACUAGACACAUAUAUUGGAUUUUGGACUUUGAUUGGGACAACCCUUGCGCAUUUUGUUGUAUUUUAACCUUUGCAAAUUUUGGUGGAUUUAUAUGUUGUUUACCCUUCAACUUGUGUUGUGGGAUGUUUGAACCUGCAGCAAUGAUCUAAAUAGCUGAUAUUUAAAUUUUACUA